AACGGUCAACUUCUCCUGUUUCAGGCCGCGGAAGGCUUCGUCUUCGUGGUGGGUUGCGAUCGUGGAAGAAUUCUCUACGUAUCCGAGUCGGUCUCGCAAACUCUCAAUUACUCUCAGGUACCUAAUCACGAUAUAAGAAACAAACUCACGACCAUGGAUAAGACAAAAAUGCGAGUUAUUUUCGAAUAUGACUUCCGUCGUGGAACUAAUGCAGUGCAGGAAAGCCGAAAUGUUAACGAAGUGUUCGGCAAGGAUGUGGCUAACGAACGUACAGUAUUUCGACGGUUCAAAAAAUUCCGAUCUGGAGAUUUUGAUCUUCAAAAUGAACCACGCGGGUGGCCUGAGAGCAAGGCGGAUGACGACCAACUGAAAGCUGUAGUGGAAGCAAAUCCAUCUGAAACGACCCCUGGACUAGCAGCAAGUUUACGUAUAUCCUUAGAUUGGAAGUAUUGCGUCAUACAAUGUACYGGUUACCUGAAGUCAUGGGCACCAGCAAAAAUUGGUUUGGAAGAACAAGAAGGUGAAACCGAUGGGGAAGCUUGCAAUUUGUCGUGUUUGGUCGCAGUAGGUCGAAUUCAAAGCGUAUUACCAACACCGUCAACCUCACCAAGAAGACCACGUCUUCGAACGAUAGAAUUUAUCUCGAGACACGCCAUGGACGGGAAAUUCUUGUUCGUGGAUCAAAGAGCCACAUUGGUACUUGGUUUUCUUCCUCAGGAACUUUUGGGUACUAGCAUGUAUGAAUAUUAUCAUCACGAUGAUAUACCACACCUAGCAGAAUCACACAAAUCUGCAUUACAAUCUUCCGAACGUGUUACAACCCAAGUUUAUAGGUUUCGAAAUAAAAGUUCGAAUUUUGUGAGGUUACAGUCUGAAUGGAAAUCUUUUAAGAAUCCAUGGACCAAAGAUAUCGAAUAUUUGAUAGCCAAGAAUUCA